AUGGCGGAUGCAACAGGGCACGAAAGGGCAGGGCAUGGCACGGCAAAGCAGAGCAUAGCAAGACAAAAGCAAGACAUGGUAAGGUCAAGGCAAGGCUAGAGGCAAGGCCAAGGCCAGAGGCAAGGCCAGAGGCAAGGCCAGAGGCAAGGCCAGAGGCAAGGCCAGAGGCAAGGCCAGAGGCAAGGCCAAAGGCAAGGCCAAAGGCAAAGCCAGAGGCAAGGCCAGAGGCAAGGCCAGAGGCAAGGCCAGAGGCAAGACCAGAGGCAAGGCCAGAGGCAAGGCCAGAGGCAAGGCCAGAGGCAAGGCCAGUGGCACGGCCAGAGGCAAAGCCAGAGGCAAGGCCAGAGGCAAGGCCAGAGGCAAGGCCAAAGGCAAGGCCAGAGGCAAUGCCAGAGGCAAGGCCAGAGGCAAGAGCAAGGCUUACCCUACUCGACCUUACUCUACCCUACCGUGCCUUACUCUACCCUAA